AUUUAUUUUAUAUAUGAAACACCAAAAACUUUUCUACUUCUUGAGCUUCGUCUUUCUCACUCUCACUGUAUCACACAGUUACAGAAUUCUCUCUCUGUCUGUCCUCUUUUUUAUUCUGCAAAAUGAAGCCCAUAACCAAUCUUGUUCGGUAAGGCCUAACGGUUUUUACCAACAAAAAGACACAAACACUAAGAAAAAUGGGCAAAGCAUCAAAAUGGUUUCGGGGUCUUCUCGGGCUCAAAAAGUCCGAUCCUUCUUCAGCACCUCAAAAACCUCCCAAAGAGAAAAGAAGAUGGAGCUUCGUCAAAUCCUACAGAGAAAAGGACCACCAUAACCACCAUCAUGUCUCCAAACCCAUUGAAGAAACUACAACUGCAAGACCCACCAACGCGUACGGCAGCCAAGCUUCUUCGGUGUCUUUGUCCGCCACGCACUCGACGACGGCGACGGAGAUCUCCAACGGAACUGCCGUCGUCGAUCCCAACAAGCACGCAAUCGCCGUCGCAGCUGCCACCGCCGCGGUGGCGGAGGCUGCCGUGGCUGCUGCUCAGGCGGCUGCUGCCGUUGUCAGGCUUACUAGCAGCGGUCGGUGCCCGAGCAGCAACAACCCCACGGCGUACGUUAGUGGCCGAAGUGUUGGGAUUCGUGAAGAAUGCGCUGCCAUUAGAAUACAAUCAGCAUUCCGAGGCUGUUUGGCAAGGAGAGCGUUGCGGGCAUUGAAAGGAUUGGUGAGGCUUCAGGCAUUAGUAAGAGGCCAUAUUGAGAGGAAGCGGACAGCGGAAUGGCUGCAUCGGAUGCAAGCAUUGUUGCAAGCACAGUCGCGUGCACGUGCUGGGCGGUCCCAAAUUGCAGAUUCCUCAAAUUCAAGUGGCAAAUCUUCUCGUUUUCAACAUCCUGGACCGACAACCCCUGAAAAGUUCGAACAUUCCAUCAGGGCUAAGAGUACAAGAAGUGAUCAAUCAUCACCACUAAAGAGAAAUGGCUCCAAAUCAAGUAGCAAGGCCUUUGGUGAACAAGAUAAGGCAAACUUAAGUUGGAGUCGGUCAGAUAGUCGCUCAGAUGAACGAUCAUGGCAUCAUAAAGGCUCAUUAGUAAAGAAUGGUGGAGCAGAUGAUGAAAAGAGUGACAGGAUACUUGAAAUCGAUACCGGGAAACCCAAUGCAACGCUUAAAAAAAGAAAUCUCUUCCCCUCUGACCAGAAUAGUCAUAGCUUCACCACUUCAAGAGACUCCACAACCCAUCAAACGGUUCCAAGUCCAUCUUCUUGCGAAGUACAAUCUUUAAGCCCACUGAAAUUCAACUAUGAUCCAGAAGACAUCUUCUGCACCGCAAAUAAUAGUCCACAGUUCUACUCUGCCUCAUCUAAGGGUGGCUGCAGCUCGAAGAGGAGUCCCUUUACUCCAAGUAAGAGUGAUGGCUCAAAAAGUUACUUAAGUGGCUACUCAGAUUGCCCAAGCUAUAUGGCAUACACUGAAUCUUCCAAGGCUAAGGUUAGAUCUCUUAGUGCUCCAAAGCAGAGGCCUCAGUAUGAGAGAUCUAGUUCAACAAAGAGGUAUUCUAUUCAUGCAUUUGGUGAAACAAGGUCAAAUGCACAGAGGAUCUCUGUCUUGCAUGCAAACUUUACAAACAAAGCCUAUCCAGGAUCUGGUCGUUUGGACCAGCUUGGUAUGCCUGUGGGUUACAGAUGUUGAUGUUUUUGUUUAUUUCAAAGUGUUUUGUUUAAUUUUGUUUUUAAUCUAAUUUGGCUAACUGAUGUACUAUGUUUAAGUACUUGAAAUGUGCAAGAAUUUUAUGAUUAUAUAAAGAUAUAUUUUGUGA